AUGUCUCUCACAAACGCCUCCCCCGAGGCCGCAGCGAGCGCUGCGAAGACAGCUUCCUUCACCCUCGCCACUCUCCCGGCCUCGGAGCGCAACAAUGCCCUCGAAGCCAUCCACGCUGCUCUGACAGCCUCAAGGGAUGAUAUCCUUGCUGCCAAUGCCAAAGAUCUCGAGCUUGCAAAGAAGGCCGCUUCUGAGGGCGGUCUCAGCCAAGCCCUUGUUUCACGAUUGGAUUUGGGCAAGAAGGGGAAGUGGGAGGAUAUGCUUAAGGGAAUUUUGGAUGUGAGGGAUCUGGAUGACCCUGUUGGUCAGAUUCAGAUGAGGACAAAGCUUGACGAUGACCUUAUGAUGGAACGUGUCUCAUGUCCCAUCGGUGUCCUUCUCAUUAUCUUCGAGGCUCGUCCCGAGGUCAUCGCCAACAUUGCCUCUCUUGCUAUCAAGUCCGGCAAUGCUGCUAUUCUCAAGGGCGGAAAGGAAUCCACAGAAUCAUUCGUCGCCAUCUCAAAGGUCAUCUCAUCGGCCCUCGAGACUACAAAGGUCCCCAACUCAGCCAUCCAGCUUGUCACAACCCGCGAUGCCAUCUCCGAGCUUCUCGCGCAGGAUCGCUACAUCGACCUUGUCAUUCCCCGCGGUUCAAACGAGCUUGUCCGCUACAUCAAGGAGUCCACCAAGAUUCCCGUUCUUGGCCACGCUGAUGGUCUCUGCCACAUCUACCUGACUGCCUCGGCCGACAAGGACAAGGCCAUCACUGCUAUCGUGGACUCCAAGACCAGUUAUCCUGCUGCAUGCAACGCCGUUGAGACCCUUCUUGUUCAAGAGUCCGCUCUCAACACUGUCUUCCCCGGAGUCGCCUCCGCUCUGGCUGCCAAGGGCGUUUCGCUCCGCGUUGACGAAGCCAGCAAGGCUGCUAUUGCCUCCCUAUCUCUGGAAGGUGUUCAAGACGCUACUCCUAAAGACUACGAUACCGAGCACCUUUCUCUUACAAUUGGUGUCAAGACCGUUUCUUCGAUUGACGAGGCCAUCACUCACAUCAACACACACGGUUCUCACCACACUGAUGCCAUCAUGACCUCUGACUCUGCUGAGGCUGAACGUUUCAUGAAUGAGGUCGACUCUGCUGGUGUGUACUGGAAUGCUGCUACCCGUCUUGCCGACGGCAUGCGAUAUGGCUUCGGUACUGAGGUUGGUAUCAGCACAAACAAAAUCCACUCCCGUGGCCCCGUCGGUCUUGAUGGUCUCACCAUCUACAAGUACAAGAUCAGAGGCGAUUACCAGGCUACCGCUGAUUAUGGAGAUGGCGAGGGCAAGAAGCCCUGGAAGCAUGAGAAGCUGUCCCUGUAA